CAGCAGUUUGUUUUGCCUCUUCCAAGAAGAGAUCAUACAGGGAUAAUUCCAUUUAAGCAAUAUCUUAAUCCCGCAGGGAAUCUCUCUGUCGUGUCGUUUGUGUAGGACACAGAUCAGGAUGAAGACGUCAGUCUUUGCCUCGGCCAUGGUGUUGGGACUACUCUUCUGUUCGCAAAGGAGCGCAGGGGUAGGUGGCUACCAGGGUUCCUUUCAGCACCCAUACAAAUACAACUCCAGUCCCAACCAGUCUGAGCGCUCACCGCAGCAGCCACCACAGAACGGAUUUGUCUCCCGCCAAAUGGGGCCAGUAACUGCCAACGACGAGGUUCUAGAAUCCAGCCAAGAAGCCUUACACGUCACGGAGCGCCGGUACCUCAAACUGGACUGGUGCAAAACGCAGCCGCUGAAACAGACAAUCCACGAGGAAGGAUGCCUCAGCCGCACUAUAAUCAAUCGUUUCUGUUACGGGCAGUGUAACUCAUUCUACAUCCCCCGACACAUCUACGAAGAUGACGGGGCUUUCCAAUCGUGUUCCACCUGUAAACCGAAAACAUUCACAACUGUCACCUAUACCCUCAUAUGUCCCGGGCAGUCACCCAGCUCCCGAAAGAAACGCGUCCAGCGCGUAAAGACGUGCCGCUGCGCUUCCAUAGACCUGGAUUAGGCCUAGUUAAAACCAUAGGUGGACACAGUCUCUGUUGGUUUGCUUUCCACGGGAAGAAUUAAAAGGUACCGACCAAUGCAUACAAUUAAAUGUGCUUCCAUUGCAAAAACCGAAUAUGCAUGAGGGAGAGACUAUCCAAUCUUAAUCUGAAAAGGGGAGAUCAAAAGACAACGAAACCAAGGGAUGGAACUGUUCAAAACCAUUCCAAAACCCUAAACUGGUAGCUAUGCCAACCCCAACAGACUCCCCAGUGUAAUGUAUGGGACUAUAAUGACUGGUUUGGCAUAAUUGACUGGUUUGGCACAUUGUAAAUGGCUUUGCGCCUAAUACAAAUAACAGUAUCACUGUGGAUACCAAAAGGUUUGCGCCUAAUACAAAUAACAGUAUCACUGUGGAUACCAAAAGGUUUGCGCCUAAUACAAAUAACAGUAUCACUGUGGAUACCAAAAGGUUUGCGCCUAAUACAAAUAACAGUAUCACUGUGGAUACCAAAAGGUUUGCGCCUAAUACAAAUAACAGUAUCACUGUGGAUACCAAAAGGUUUGCGCCUAAUACAAAUAACAGUAUCACUGUGGAUACCAAAAGGUUUGCGCCUAAUACAAAUAACAGUAUCACUGUGGAUACCAAAAGGUUUGCGCCUAAUACAAAUAACAGUAUCACUGUGGAUACCAAAAGGUUUGCGCCUAAUACAAAUAACAGUAUCACUGUGGAUACCAAAAGGUUUGCGCCUAAUACAAAUAACAGUAUCACUGUGGAUACCAAAAGGUUUGCGCCUAAUACAAAUAACAGUAUCACUGUGGAUACCAAAAGGUUUGCGCAUGUUUGCCAUUUAAAAUAAGGCGAAAAAGCCACAGUGUAAGAAUUUGACAGACUAUUUUUGUAAACCGUUGAGAGCAUAUAUUGUUUCCACUGUGUGGAAUAUGAGUUGGUGGAUGCGUUCACUUCCAGAGCGCUAGACGAGUGUGGUGUUCAUGAAUAUUGGCUUUUCUUUUCAAACUUUGCCCCUGUUAGACGUCACUUAAAUGUACUUGUUAUUGUAUUAAUCAUGUAUAUAAAGUGGUUGCUGAAUAAACUCAUGAUUGUACACCUUA